ACCAUUAGUAAAUUCCCUCAUAGGAAGUAUAGCAAACUCGGUAAGCUGCUUUCUAUGUUCUACAAGCGCUCUAUGCCGUUAGAAAUAUGGCUAGGGCGUGGUAGACCCCUCGACCCAUACCUUAGGGGGGUCUUAGUGGCCUUCUUAAGGGAAAGAACGAAACCGCUCGAUAUUAAGUUAUUUCCAGAUCUUAAGAUUGACGGUCUGGAAUACUUACAUGAGUGGACUGUUCUGCGGGCUUGGGUUAAACAGUGGCUAGCUUAUGUCCGUUGGUAUUGGCUUACGGCCUGGUCACCCGACGUAACCAUCCAAGAUUUCUUCGAAGCUCCGGUUGUGAACCGGUCCUGGAAGGUCAAAAAAACUGACCCUCAGUUGGUUCAAUUUGGUCUUCUAUGGAAGGUCUAUGACUGGCUUGCUGAGAAAGGUCUUGAGUACAAGGUACCAAUCCUUGAUUCAGGUUCCGGAUUUCCGUUAUGGACAGGUCUACUCUCGGAUACAAAGGUUCUAUGUUCAAGCAAUUGGGCCCACUUUCAUUGGAUCCUUCCGAAGUAGGCGAAGGUCGAGUUGCUGACCUGAACGCUUUGGCUCUUUUGGGUAAGUCUUCUCGGAGUAAGAACCUUUCUUUUUGAGCCGGCGCGGCGACCGAUGGUCUCCAUUCCGCCUUAUCUUUGCUCUCUGUCGGUGUGAAGUUGCUAGCAUAAUCUGGUAAGCAGCGGGCUUUCUAUCCUCAGAGGUUCCGGUCACGCUAGUCAGUUCCGACCGUAACAUCUGGCUGCUCUCUGGACUCCUGGAGCGACUUCCUUUGAGUUGCAUCGAAGAGAGUCUCUUAUCAGCAAGUUCCUGUCAAAGAGAAUCAUUAUUCGUAAGUUCCCGUAUGUAAAAGUUGCCUAUUCAAAAGGGCGAUCAAAAAACCUCUUGCUCUAUCUUGCGUCCCUCCAUCCCAGAUCUAUAGGAAGAGGGCUGACAUCAAGACCAUUAAUCGAAGGAGUAGGGAUGAGAAUCUCACAUGGUGCCGUUCUCUCUGUCCAACUCCUUACGCACGCAAUUGACGUAGCAGACCUCUUGCAUGAUUGUUUCAAUCAAUGAUGUAUUCAAUCAAGAAAGAAACGUCGUAAUAAGAGAAGGUUACAUAAUGGGUCUGUGAGGGAACAUCAAUAAAGAGGAUCAGACCAAGUGCGAGAUUGGAUCAAAAAUAGCGUAUGAAAGGAUUAUGGUCUAUCUGAGACUAUCUAUCUAGUACGAUCGAUCAAGUCAUUCAGUAAAGUCUCUUAGCUAGGUCUUUAUGGAAUUAGCAGGUCGGUCUAGGUAUAUUUCUCCUGAGAAAUGAGUUCUUUCCUUUGUGCAUCUUUCUUUUCCCAUGUCUUUCUUGGUUGGUACCCAACUGGCGAUUUCCGUCUUCCUGAAUUGGGAGAGCAAGCAAGAAAAAGAAAGUCUCUCCUUUUGAGCAGAGCAGUCAAAUAAUGAACCAAAGCAAAUGAUUGUUAUUGUUCUAAAUCAAUUAUUAACGAAUUCUUCUUGUGAUGCAGCGGAACCAUGGCAAUUAGGGUUUCAAGACGCAGCAACACCUAUGAUGCAAGGAAUAAUAGACUUACAUCACGAUAUCUUUUUCUUCCUCAUUCUGAUUUUGGUUUUCGUAUCACGGAUCUUGGUUCGCGCUUUAUGGCAUUUCAACUAUCAAAAAAAUCCAAUCCCGCAAAGGAUUGUUCAUGGAACUACUAUCGAGAUUCUUCGGACCAUAUUUCCUAGUAUCAUCCCGAUGUUCAUUGCUAUACCAUCAUUUGCUCUGUUAUACUCAAUGGACGAGGUAGUAGUAGAUCCAGCCAUUACUAUCAAAGCUAUUGGACAUCAAUGGUAUCGGACUUAUGAGUAUUCAGACUAUAACAGUUCCGAUGAACAGUCACUAACUUUUGACAGUUAUACGAUUCCAGAAGAUGAUCUAGAAUUGGGUCAAUCACGUUUAUUAGAAGUGGACAAUAGAGUGGUUGUACCAGCCAAAACUCAUCUACGUAUUAUUGUAACACCUGCUGAUGUACCUCAUAGUUGGGCUGUACCUUCCUUAGGUGUCAAAUGUGAUGCUGUACCUGGUCGUUUAAAUCAGAUCUCUAUUUCGGUACAACGAGAAGGGGUUUACUAUGGUCAGUGCAGUGAGAUUUGUGGAACUAAUCAUGCCUUUACGCCUAUUGUCGUAGAAGCUGUUCCUAGUAAAGAUUAUGGUUCUUGGGUAUCCAAUCAAUUAAUACCAUAAACGGUAUCCAAUCAAUUAAUCCCACAAACGGUAUCCAAUCAAUUUAUUCUUUUUUUUAUUAGGUAGAACUACUGUGAGCGGAUAACCGGAAAGAUAACCAAAAAAAGAACUACUGUGAGCGGUUUAAACUUCGACCCUUAUUUCUUUUUUUUUGAUAGACCCUUAUUUCUUCUCGCUGCGCACCUCGUCCCACAGUGUUCUUUUCUUGGGCCUGGAUUUGUUGACUAAGCAACGUUGGAACUUCGACGGCUUUCGCCCGACUUUCAGCUGCGAGCUCGGCCGCCUGAAUUGAAUAAAAGGUGCCAUUUGGGCAUCAAGCUCCUCCCGUAGUCGAGCACGUUCGUUGUCACGAACCCGAUCUAUUUCUCGGGCUUGCUCCAACCGGCUGUCGACUUCGUCAAGAAACUCUUGCGAAUACUCUCCUCAAGGAAGGAGCCUUUCUUGCUCGUUGCUUGUUCCUGUGCGACUAACGCACAACAAGCACCGAGCAAUCAAACGGCUGCAGCAAUCCAACUAAAGCAGCAAUCCAACUAAAGCAGCAAUCAAACUAAAGCAGCAAUCCAACUAAAGCAGCAAUCAAACGGCUGCAGCAAGAAAACGGCUGCGCGUACUAACGCCUUAAACUAAGUGGGGGCUUUCGCGCUAGAGCGCUCAUCCGUUGCUUGUUCGUGACUAACGCCUUAAACUAAGUGGGGGCUUUCGCGCUAGGGCGCCUUUAUUCGUAGCGGGCUUGUUCGUGACUAACGCCUUAAACUAAGUGGGGGCUUUCGCUAACGGGCGCUAAUUCCGUUGCUUGUUCGUACUAACGCCUUAAACUAAGUGGGGGCUUUCGCUAACGGGCGCCUUUAUUCGUAGCGGGCUUGUUCGUACUAACGCCUUAAACUAAGUGGGGGCUUUCGCGCUAGAGCGCUAAUUCCGUUGCUUGUUCCAUUUAAGAACGCCGCCGCCCCUAGAAUCAAUAAGAAAACAAGUGCUAAGUUUCAGAUCAGUGAAUAAACCGAAACGAAAGAAGAAAGAGACGUUUCUCGCUCGGCGCCUAAAGCGCACUAUGCUCCGCUUCAACAAAUGAGAGUUUUCGGUGGAACCGGUGAACCACGCGAGCUGGUUAGAUGCGUGGGACAGAGGGCUCGUAGUACCUGCUAGCGCAGCUAUGCAGUGGAAGGGAAGGAGCCUAAAUCUACCCCCUUCUUUCUUUUUUUUUCUUAUUUCUUUCUCCCACGUAGUUCGUCGGUCAAACCAACGAUUCUCUUCUCAAAGUAAUAGAGAGAUUCUAGUUAGACUUCUACUUCUAUCAAUGCAAUGAAAGAACCAUCCCUUCCGUCCUGUCAGAUAGAAAGAUAAUUAGACCCAAAAUACUUCUUUACCACUUUUGGGGGUGAAGGGGAGGUUGACAUACAACCGAGUAUAAGUGG